GGUGAAGGCUAAAACAAUAGUUUCAUCGGGGGCGGUGAGUGUAUUGUACCUUAAGGAAGGAAAAGAAAACGAAAAGAGACAUAUACAUACAUAAUAUAUAUAUAUAUACGGUUAUAUAUAUAUAUAUAUAUUUAUCUAUAAAUAUAAGAAAAAAAAAGCAACGACUUAAAAACAUCUCUCUCUCUCUCUCUUUAUAUAUAUACAUAUAUAUAUAUAUAUAUAAAACACACACUCAUACAUUUAUAUAUAUAUAUAUAUAUAUUAUAUAUAUAUAUAUAUAUAUACAUAUAUAUAUUACAUAGCAACAUCCAUGUGUAUAUAGAAUAAAAAAUAUAUACACACAGAAAUAUAUAUAUUUAAAAAAAAAAAUAUAUAUAUAUAUAUACAUAUAUAUAAAAAAACAUACACACACACACACACACACAUAUAUAUAUAUAUAUCUAUAUAUUAGGAGUUGAAGCUACCAACAACAGUAACAGUAAACAGACAUACGCACUAAGAGACGUACAUAUAUAAAACAGUUUUUUUCCCCCUUGUUUCGUAGUGGCAUUUCUUAAAUUUUCCAACACAUAGAGUAAUAUGCCUAAUGUUUCCAACCAGAAUGGAAAGGGCCUAGAACAGCAAUUUGCUGGGCUAGACUUGAAUAGCUCGUCUGCAAGAAAUUCUAGAGGAAAAAGUGAGUACUUUCCGAGCCAGUCCAGACCUGUACCCAGUAGUUCUCCUCCUCCUCCUGCUCCUUCAGCAUCUAAAGAGCGUUAUGUGCCCCCGCACCUGCGCAACCAUGAGGAGAGAAGUUUAUCUGUUCAUGAUAGCCUUGAAAGAGAUUUGAUUCCACCUGGUGAUGACCGGAGAAAUAGAGAUAACUUCUUGGGAGCAUAUGGGGCUGCUCAACGAAGUGCUUAUAUUGGUGGCUUACCAGCCCAAGGACUUGGCCAACCAAAUUAUGACCGCAAUUACCCACCUCAAGCUAACCGAUACUACACUAACUACCCUCCAAGCAACAGGGGUGCUAAUAGCUACAGCUAUGAUAAUAGGCGUGGUGGCCCAACAGCAUACCGCUAUAAUGGCCGGGCUCCCAUGAAUGAUAACCGCUGGAGUAGCAAUAGACAAGACAGACAAGGCAGUUUACCACCACCACCACAACAACGACCUUUCCCAAGUAGAGGUGGUGGUGGUGGAAGCUGGGGUAAUGGUAAUCGUUGGGAUAACAGAAGUGACAAUCGCUGGAAAAAUGAUGAUUAUGGCAAAAAAGAAGAUUGGUCUGUACCUCUACAAAAGAAUGAAAAAUUAGAAUAUGAAUUGUUUGGUAGCUGUAAUACAGGUAUCAACUUUGAUAAAUAUGAAGAUAUACCUGUAGAGGCUACAGGUGAAGACUUACCAAAAUGUUGUGAAAGUUUUAACGAAUGUCAACUGGGCGAAAUUCUGAGGAACAAUUUGGUUCUAUGCAAUUACACCAAACCAACCCCUGUUCAAAAAUGGGCAAUACCUAUUGUGAUGAACAAUCGAGAUUUGAUGGCUUGUGCUCAGACAGGUUCUGGCAAAACCGCUGCCUUCUUGGUUCCCAUUUUGAAUGCUCUGUAUGAGCAAGGACCUAUUGAUAUGCCAAGUCGAACUUAUGGACGGCGUAAGCAGUAUCCCCUUGCAUUAGUGUUAGCUCCUACACGUGAAUUAGUUUCACAAAUUUAUGAUGAAUCUCGAAAGUUUGCAUACCGCUCCCAUAUACGUCCAUGUGUGGUUUAUGGUGGCACAGAUAUUGGUGCUCAGUUGAGAGAUUUGGAUCGUGGCUGUCAUUUAUUAGUUGCAACGCCUGGUCGUCUGGUCGACAUGAUGGAAAGAGGUCGUAUUGGACUUGACUGCUGCAAGUUCUUAGUAUUGGAUGAAGCUGAUCGUAUGUUGGACAUGGGCUUUGAACCUCAAAUCAGAAGAAUUGUACAAAAAGAUAGCAUGCCUCCUGCUGGUUGCAGAGAAACUCUUAUGUUUAGUGCUACAUUUCCUCGAGAAAUUCAGUUGUUAGCUAAGGACUUUCUACACAAUUACAUUUUCCUUGCUGUUGGUCGUGUUGGAAGUACCAGUGAAAAUAUUACUCAAAAAGUUGUGUGGGUUGAAGAGUGUGAGAAGAGAUCAUAUCUUUUGGAUUUAAUCAAUUUUGCAAGUCCUGAUUCAUUAACUCUUGUGUUUGUGGAAACAAAGAAAGGAGCUGAUUCUCUGGAAGAGUAUCUUGUUGUGGAAGGCUAUCCUGCUACAAGUAUUCAUGGUGAUAGAUCUCAACGAGAGCGUGAGGAGGCUCUUAGAGCUUUUCGGAAUGGAGAAAAACCAAUUCUUGUUGCUACUGCUGUUGCUGCUCGGGGUCUUGAUAUUCCAAAUGUACGCCAUGUUAUCAACUUCGAUCUACCUAGUGAUAUUGAAGAAUAUGUUCAUCGUAUUGGACGUACAGGACGUGUCGGAAACUUGGGUCUUGCCACCAGCUUCUUCAAUGAGAAAAAUAAGAAUGUUGUCAGGGAUCUUUUAGAGCUGCUGGAUGAAGCUAAACAGGAAAUCCCGGCUUGGUUGGAAUCAAUAGCCUAUGAUUCAAGGCCGCAAGGGGGCAUAAGGCGUGGUGCUACUACUCUUGGAAGAAAGUGAGUUCAGUGUUUAUGUC